GUGUGAGAGACAGAGAGAGAGAGAGAGUAAAAAAAAAGAAAGAAAGAAAGAAAGAAAGAAAAGUGUCCCUUGUCACCACUUUGAAACCGGUUUGACAGUGUUGAUCGCGUUACCUGAGGGCAAAAGGAGAAGUACAGUUGUAAAAUUUACAACAGGUGCGCACGGACGGACGGACGGACGGACGGACGUUUAGGUGAAAAGGUUAACGACUGACUGCACGAGUUCAAAGUCCAAAGUGCCAACUCUUGGUGCUUGCGUGCGUUUUGUCUUGACAUUCGUCUUCUGCGAACUUUUGUUUUUGCGCAUUGCUUAACAGCUCGGCUACGAAGACAGUCAGUCAGUCGCGUGCGUGUCACUGUCAGUCUGCUGGCCCCGUUUGGAGGCAGGCAGGCGGGCAGCCACGCAGGCAGCCACGCAGGCAGGCAGAUAGCCACGCAGACAAGCAGGCAGGCAGGCAGGCAGGCUGCGACGGACGCUGACAUCUGGAAUAACGCAGACGCUGCUCGCUCACUCAAUCCAGCAGCAUGCCCGUGCGACAGAAAGAUGCUCAACGAGCCCUUGAGCUUCUCCAGCAGUACAAGGCCAAAUUAGAUCAGAGGCAGCAGAGCCAGCUCAAACAGGGCCCUGUUGAGGAAGAUCACCAACUGCAACAGUCCCUGGACAGAGUCAUCAAUGUGUUCCAAAGCCAGCUCUUUAGUGCCCUGCUUGACAUUCACGAGUACUACGAGUUAACUGUCCACGCUGACAGCCAAAGUUCAAGCGAGCUGACGGAUGACACCGUGACAGCUCCCUCCUCUGACAAGCGAGUAGCAGCCGUGCCGGUGCCGGAGCCGGUGCCGGUGCCGGAGCCGGUGCCGGAGCCGGUGCCGGAGCCCACCUCCAGUCAGCCCUCCAGCCCGGCUUCAGCGGAACCGUGCCAGCCAAAAUGCAUAUCCCCCAAACCCAAGUCAAUCAAGUCUCCUGCUCCUCCAAUCCCAUCCGUGACACCCACAAAACAAGCGGUGUCCCCUUCAUCGCCGCCGCCUCCUAUUGCUCAGUCCAAGGUCAAGUCCCGAGCCCCGCCUCCUCCAACCCAGGAUGCGGACAUUUCCGAGCCCUCGUCCCCGUCCUGCGCAGAGCCUCCGUCAAUAAGACCAAAUGAGGCAGCUCUCGAUGCCGUUUUACCCUCAGAAUGCUCGCCCGCUUCUCCUAGCAGUGCAAGUGAGCUAGUGACUGUCUCAAGUCUGGUCUUGGGAACCAUCCAAGGCUUAGUAUCUGACCCAGACAAAGUCGGCCGAGCUCCCGACAGCGUUGCAGACGAUCAAGGCUCAGGCCAAAACACUCCAAUAUCAAGUCCUAUGACUCCUAGCAAUGGAAAAGCUCCAUUUGGUAGCCGCAGUCCCUCAGUGCCACCAAGCAAAGGACCCCUGAAGAGCCCGCUGAAAGUCACCGCCUCUCCCACCAGCCCUGGCCAGAGAGGGGUCAAGAAGUAUCGAUACCCGGGAGAGGAAGGGGCGUCGCAAGGCCCGGCCAAAUUCCACCAACCUAGCUGCUGCCAUCAGCACCCGAGCAAAGAGCUGAGUGAUGCGAGGACUCUCGGGAAGCUAGGGAUGGACCAGGGCACCUGGAGAAGAGCGAGGAGGCACAGUGGAGUUGUGGAAGUCAGAGACACGGGAAACUCGCUCACCAGGGCCGGCUCUCUCGGCCGCCGCGCCCAUCUCCGUGGGGCCGAGCUGGUUCAGGUGGCCGAGCGACAGCUCUCUCAGAUUCAGCACGUCCACGGAUAUGUCACUCACGCGCACAUCACACCCGCUCAGGCCAACCCCCCUCCGUUGGUGGUGAACACAGACAGUGUGGACACCCCCCCAUAUGUCAAUGGAACAGAAGCAGACUUUGAAUAUGAGGAAAUCACGUUGGAGCGGGGUAACUCAGGUUUGGGCUUCAGUAUUGCAGGAGGGACCGACAAUCCCCAUAUUGGAGAAGAUCCGUCCAUCUUCAUUACCAAGAUUAUACCCGGAGGGGCCGCGGCCCAGAAUGGACGACUCAAGGUGAACGACUCCAUCGUCCGGGUCAACGACACCGACGUCAGGGAAGUGACCCACAGCGGGGCGGUGGAGGCACUCAAGGAUGCCGGAGGUUUGGUCCGACUGUGCGUACGACGCAAGAAGAGCCUUACCGAUAAAAUGGUGGACAUCAAGCUAGUCAAAGGACCCAAAGGCCUGGGAUUUAGUAUAGCUGGUGGAGUAGGAAAUCAACACGUUCCAGGUGACAACAGCAUUUAUGUGACAAAGAUCAUCGAGGGGGGUGCUGCACAAAAAGAUGGCCGGCUACAGAUAGGGGACAAACUUGUAGCUGUAAAUGCAUCUUCUUUAGAGGAGGUUUCUCAUGAGGAAGCAGUUGCAGCCCUAAAGUCAACCCCAGAUGUUGUUUACCUACGCGUGGCCAAACACACUUCUGUCUUUAUGGACGAAACCUUUCCUCCUCCCGAUGUCACCAAUUCCUACCCUUCGCAUCAUGACAAUCACAUAAGCCCCUACAUGAGCGGGAGCCAGUCUGUUAGCCCGGCCCCACUGACCACGCCCAGAUACUCACCGAUGCCCAGGUCCGUGACGGAAAACGACGACUUCACAAGGGAGCCUCGGCGUGUGUUGCUUCACCGAGGGUCUACGGGUCUUGGUUUCAAUAUCGUUGGAGGAGAAGAUGGCGAAGGAAUAUUCAUCUCCUUCAUUCUAGCUGGUGGUCCAGCUGAUCUUUGCGGGGAACUCCACAAGGGGGACCGGAUCCUCUCUGUGAAUGGAGUUGACCUGUCGACAGCGACCCACGAGCAGGCGGCUGCGGCUCUGAAGAACGCGGGACAAACGGUCACCGUUGUAGCGCAGUAUAAACCGGAAGAAUACAGUCGUUUUGAGGCAAAGAUCCACGACCUAAGGGAACAGAUGAUGAGCAGCAGCGUCAGUUCCAGCUCCACGUCACUACGCUCCACUCAGAAACGGACACUUUACGUCAGAGCGCUCUUUGACUACGAUGGAAGCGCGUCGGACUCGAGCAGCCCCAAUCAGGUUCUGCCCUUCCGCUUUGGAGACAUCCUUCACGUGAGCAGUGCUGGCGAAGAAGAGUGGUGGCCUGCGCGCCACCUCAGCCCCCCUCCCCCAAACUGCCCAGAGGUUGGAGUCAUCCCCAGCCGCAGAAGAGCGGAGAAAAAGGAGAGGUCAAGGUUAAAGACAGCCUGUGUGAGCAAGAAUCCGGAUCGAUCGGAUCCAGAUGAACGGGUUGGCCAGGAGGAGAUGAUGUUGUUAAGCUACCAAGCAGUAAUACAGCAGGAAGUCAAUUACACCAGACCUGUUAUCAUUCUUGGACCGAUGAAGGAUCGCGUCAAUGAUGAUCUUAUUUCGGAGUUUUCCGACAAGUUUGGCUCCUGUGUCCCACACACGACUCGGCCUCGGCGGGACUAUGAAGUGAAUGGCCGAGAUUAUCACUUUAUGCCCUCCAGAGAGUUCAUGGAACAAGAGAUCCAGGAGCACAAGUUUAUCGAGGCGGGACAGUAUAACAACCACCUGUAUGGAACCAGUAUACAGUCGGUGAGAGAAGUUGCUGACAAGGGUAAACAUUGUAUACUGGAUGUAUCCGGGAACGCUAUCAAGCGUCUGCAGCUGGCAGGCCUCUAUCCCAUCGCCAUCUUCAUUAGGCCACGCAGUGUGGACAACAUCCUAGAGAUGAAUAAGCGUUUUACUGAGGAGCAGGCGAGGAAGUCCUAUGACAGAGCUGUCCGACUGGAGCAGGAGUUCACCGAAUAUUUCACCGCUUUUGUGCAUGGCUCAACUCUGGAGGAAGUGUAUUCCCAGGUGAAGCAGGUCAUUGAGGAGCAAUCGGGUCCUUACAUUUGGGUGGCCACCAAGGAGCGGCUCUAAGUCAAUACCGCAACUUUGGCAGCACAACACAGCUUCCCCACAUCUAAUAUACUCUGUGGACACACCUACUUAACGCUGGCUAUCGGGGUGAAGUCCCGAGGGGGCGAGGCGAAGCGAAGCAAGGCGCUUGUAUCUUUUUCAGCAGCAGCAGCAGCAGCAGCAGCAGCAGCAGCAGCAGCAGCAGCAGCAGCAGCCCGCUUCCUCCCCUACAGCCGACCGAGUUCCUUAACCUUUGAGGACGUGCUUCAAAUCCAUUGAAUAUGUACCAUUAUCUGAUUGAUUGGUUUCAUUAAUGCUUCUUGUUGCUGUUGUUGUUGUUGUUUUCACACAUAUAUACCAAGGGUAAUGCGUUCACAUAUGGGUUUGUAAUGCUAAUAUUGUCACCAAGAAGCAGACUUUUGCACGCUGUAGCUUUCAUGUUGAUGGGGACAAAAAUCUCUCUCGCUCUCUCGCUCUCUCGCUCUCUCUUUCUUUCCCAUUUUCCAUUCCACUUUAUAUUUGAAUAGCUGCAAUUGUUUCUCUGACUUGUCUACCUUUCUCUCUUAUCCUACCACUUCCCUGCCAGACUGCCUCAAGUUGAAAUAAAUAAUGUGCUGUGCCCUGGCAUGUUGGACUAAAGGGCUGAGAUAGAAAACAUACGUAUAGUACUGUACCCUUACUGCUUAGAAAUGUAGCAACUAUUAUUUAUUUAAAAAAAUAAUAAUAUAUAUAUAUAUAUAUAUAUAUAUAUAUAUAUAUACACACACACACACACACACACACACACACACACACACACUAUUAACAUCUGUGACAAGCAGAACAGGUCAAACAUCCAAAGGAAAGUUAAAAGUAGAAUAGCGACCUUUGAGUGGAGUGCGGUGGCAUACUUGAGUCUCAAUCCCUUCUUCUCUUUCAUUGGCUCAUUUUAUAUGGACAUCAGUAUGCAAAUAUGAACUAAGUCAAUAAAGUAAUCCUCCAGUCUCUGAUGAGCUUUUUAAUGAUGGCAUGGAAUGGCUCCAGUCAACAGUUGACAGAAGCAUAAUCUUCUGGGAAUGAAUAUCUUUCCUUUCUUGGACUAUGAUAUUUGGAGGCUUUGAAAUGGUCCUAUUUAGAUGAAAAAGGAGAACGUCUUCUAUUGUUGUCCAUGUAAACAUAAGCAGUGUGUCAUUUCAUCUCUCCUCUCCAUUCACCGCGUGAUGCACGUUCACAAACACCACCACAACUGUUGUUUCUUCCCGGAAUGGGGGCUUGUUCUUUAAAAGUCCAUUUGGAGGUCUAGGAAUAGGCAAUGUUCUUUCUUCCUUUCUUUCUUUCAAUGAGUCUUAGCUUAUGGGUAAUAUCCAAUGGCUAAAAUGCAAUCAUUUAAGACUUCAGAAGAACCAAAUGAAUGAAGUCAUUUCUGCCUUUCCGCCACGGAAUGCAUCAAAAGCGCCUGAGACGUAAAUGAGCCGUCCUGGUCCUGGUCCUGGUCCUGGUCCUGGUCCUGGUCCUGGUCCUGGUCCUGGUCCUGGCCCCGGCCCCGGCCCCGGCCCCGGCCCCGUUACAAAACACCUACUUUGAUUCGGCUGUCCCUCGAUGAAACUCUGAUUUGAGCGCGUAGUCACCCCCCUCCCUCCCUCCCUCCCUCCCGUGCAAUGCAAUGACAUAUCAAGCCACAGAAAAAUGGUGGAGGAAGAAGCAAGCCAUGGUGAUGUGAUGUCUGUCAUCCAACGGUUCCUUUCAAAGGUGACCAUGAUUUCACUGGUUACGGAUGUUAUUUGUUUACAAGGGGACUUCUCAGGGGAUCUUCUACAUACAGUGCAAAUGACAGCAUUACUACUUCUAGUAAAGAUGGUGGAAGACAA